CGCUACGACGGGACCGCAAUGAAGAGAUAAAUGGCACCUUUAUCUAUUUAUUUCUAAGUAUUACGGUGUCGGUGGUUGUUAAUUGAGAGAGAGAGCGGCACGAUAAAACAGCUGCUGACACUUGAAAGGGCUUCUUAGAAGAAUAAUGGAUGAGACCCGUCACUAACUUGAGGCUUGAGGAAGAUUUUUAUUCAGGCUGAAUCAUGGAAGGUAACGAUGACACGUCUGUGACCAUGACCCAGCCGCAAACUGACGUGCGCAACUCUGAGGCGGGAGGAGGUGGAGAAGUCUCCAGCAAAGUGGAAGAUGGAGUAAAUCCUCUCACUCCUGCUGAUUCCUGUGAUGCUAAUAUGACAGGACUGAAUAAAGGAGGCCAUUCUAACCUGACAGAGACUCCUGCACCCUCAGUGGUGAGUCCCACUGCUGAACCUCCAGGAGGCGUGGCUCUUAAAGUGGCUACAACUGUACUCCACCCAGUGUGUCUGGGUGACAGUCCACUCAUGCUGCCCAUUCACCUCCAGAUGGCUGGAGCAGCCGGGCCUCAGCUUGGACAGAUGGGGGCAACGCCGUACUUGAUAGCGAGCCAAAACCCAGUUUCGCUGCCCCUGGUCUUGGACCAGCAGGUGAUUCAGCACAUGAGUCCAUCUGUAAUCCCUCAGACUGCUAACUGUGCACAGCUCCAGAACAACGUCUUGUGUCAGAAUCCUUUGACGUUCGGUUUACCUCCAGCUGUUGACCAGAAGUCCGCAGGACAGACGCAGGAUGCUAACCUACUCUCUCUCCUGCAGAAUCCAGCUUUUGCAGCCAUCUUGCAGGACCUCUUCCCUUCCCAGGCGAGUUCGUCAACCUGUCAGUCACCAGGCUCUCCCUUCUUCCCCCUUCCUCCCCUCACACCUCCCUACACCUCCCCUCUGGCCCCUCUGGUCCCUCCUGCCACACUUCUAGUCCCAUACCCAGUCAUCAUUCCUCUACCUGUGCCUCUACCGGUCCCUCUCCCUAUCCCCAUCCCUGUCCCUCAGACUGAGGAUUCAAAGGGGAACAUGCCAAAACCAGUUUGCACUGUGAGUAGAAGCACUCAGACUUCACCAAAAGAUACUACCUCCCCCUCGCCGUCUUCAAGGAAAUGCAUGCCUCCAUUCCAGCCACAAAAUGCGUCCCUAUCCUCACUUCCUCUAGAGGAAGGACAGGCCCUGGACCUUUCUGUCAGGCCAUGUCCAGUUGAACCAAAACAGGAAUAUCCCAGUCCACAGCAGGACAGUGUGCUGGACUUGUCAGUUCCUGGUGUGAGGAAAAAGUGUGCUCAGACAGACAGAGAAGGAGCCUCACAGUCCGGUCCGGAUAGCGGCAGUGCUUCUUUGUCCCUGGGUGUCGAAUGCACUCAGAGUUUAAAUUCCAAACUCCUCGGUAGCCUGGCAUCGCUGGAGUUCAGCCGGCAGCACAAGUGGUUGGUUGACAGCAGUGCUGCUGGGUCUAGUUCUCUGAGUCAGGAGGCGUCUCUCAGCGGCACUGGAAACCUCGAGAUAGUCAGCACCUCACAGACAGCCAAGGUCAUCGUCUCGGUGAAAGACGCGAUCCCCGCCAUCCUCUGCGGAAAGAUAAAAGGCCUUUCAGGAGUCUCGACCAAGAACUUCUCCAUAAAACGGGACAGCAGCCAGGGCGCAGCUCUGCAGCAGCUCUAUGGAGUGCCGUCAGCAUCUCACGGGGAGCAACAUGAUCCCAACAACCCUCUUAAAAAGGUCUCUAAAAGCAGAGCUAUCAAACUGAAGAAGGUCAGCUCACAGGAGAUCCACUUCCUUCCCAUUAAGAAGCAGAGACUCGCAGCACUGCUCCCCAGGAAGUGAGCAUGCUCACUGGGGAGGGGGACUAAUCUCUGGACUGGCUUUCUGGUAAUCCCUCCAGAGAGUAUACCAUAAAACACAUGUGGGGACGUUCUGUAAUCAAAUUCAAACACUUGUGUGUCCAAUCAGAGGUCAGAGUUUGGCUUUAAAAGCGAGGCUCUGACAGUGUGACAACAGUGUGACACAGUAGUUACACAACUGGUUUCUUCUGACUUAAUUUUCUUUUGUAAUGCACUAGUCUACAGUGUUUUACCUGAAAUGUUUUAGUGUAUGGCAGCUUAGUGCGCUCUCUGUGUGUCUCUGUGAAUCAGCAGUGUUUAAGAAAAUGUGUGAUUCAUAGUAACAGCAAAGACCCACAAGUUCAGUUCCUCCAUUCAGGUUGAUGGUUUGUUUCCACAUAUGUUUUAUAUAUUGGUACACUGAAGAAAGUGUACAGCAGCAUGCGACUGAAGCUGUUAGAACAUGUCCCAUCAGUGGAAAUUCACAUGGUCAUCAGUAGCUCAUUGGAGCGAUUCAUUCUUUCCUGAUUGGUUGGGAUUUAGCAUGACAGGCUCAUAAUGACUUGGCGAGGCCAGAGCCACAAUUUCAUUAAAUGAACGUUGGCAGCAGCAGCCGAUCACAGUAAAAUAUGUUCUUAUUUUAACAGCAGUGGGUAAUAAAAGGAGCUUCUUAAUUACUUUCAUGUUUAAACUGACCUUUCUAUCCAAAAUUGAGGAAACUACAAAAAGACCUAAUAUUGUUGCUGGCUAAAUUAGCCAAAGCUGAGGAAACGUCUCGUACCACGCGUGUAAAACACUGUAACCGCUUGCUGUUUCCACUUGUUAAAGGGGACCUAUUAUGCUUUUCCUUGUUGACUGUCAUAUAAAUAUUACAGUGGCAGAUGCUCAAUUUAAAAAUAGCCAGAGUUUUAAAUUAUGAGGUCAGUGUUAUAUACAAGUAAUCCUAAAAGGCCUAAAACUCAAGCUUCAGACUUCUAAAAGCUUGAUUUCAGGUUUUUUUUUUUUUUUUUUUUUUCCCUCUCCUCUUGGUUCUGUAUGAUGUCAUGGAGAGAGAAUAUCCCUAAUAUAGUUAAAUCACCCCCACAGUAAUGGUUGUGACCAGACCUUUGUUUGAAAGGGGCAACCAAUCAGAAGAAAAAUGGCUUAAAGAGUGAAGGAACUAAAAUGGCUCCUUGCCAUAGACUGUAUCUAAAAGAUGGACAUGGCCACCUUGACAUCCGGGCUCUACAUUUUGAAGCCUUCACUUUAGCAUAUUGGCUGCAACCAUAUUCUUUUUUUGUUUGUUUUAGAGCUUGAUUUAAAUAUAUUCAGGUGAGAAGGUGGAGCCCCAAAUAAUCGGCUAACGCUAGUAGGUUUCAUUAGCAAGCUACUUUAACUUAACUUUACAUUUGCAAAUAUGUGCUAAUUAGUGCUACAUAAAGUUAAAAUGCUGUUUAGGUGACUUAAAAUAAUUUAGCUUACCAAAACAGAAAAACAAUUUUUUGGAUGGUCUGUAUUACACAGCAAAACUAGCAAAAUUAGCUGAGGUGAAGCCUAGCAGAUAACGAUUGCCUGCAGCAGCCUUUGUUGGUACAAAGUAGAAACUUCUAGAGCUAUAAAAAAAAAAAAAUAGCCGAUAUAUAAUUGCAAUGCACUGCAGUUUUAGCAAGCUAAUGCUAAACGCUAAAUGCCAUGCCAGCUUGCUAAUUCAGUGAUGGUGGACAGUUGAAUAAUAUUAUGUAAUAUUCUGUGAUAAUGGUUGGUCCUACGGGUCAUUGAAGGCACCUGAAUCUGAUUGGACCAUGUGACUUGAUGACACUAGGGAGGGUGGAUCCCUCUGGUCUGUGUUAUGCUGCUCUAAAAUAAGAUGCACGGCUAGAUGACCUCAGCAUGGUGCAGCGCCGCUGCCUAGAACCCUGUGGACUCACUGACCCACUGGAGAUAGGAACAUGGCUUCUUUGACUGGCAGGUUUCCCUACACAAGCAGCUGCAGCCAACCAUUCUCUGCUGAGCCUCACCUCCAAUACUUUGAGUCAUUAAACUGGACCGACUCCACCAUAUUUAACCUGUUGGUGCCUUUUGGAACAAUUUGGCAGCCAACAAUUUAUUGCAGACUGUGCAAUAAAUUUUUUUCCUAGUUGAUAAUUUUUCACCUUUUCAUCAAAUUAAGGUAACUUCUGCUAGUGGCCAUAAGUGACUGUUUUAAGUUUCAAAAUAUGGAGCCCAGAAACCAAUAGGUGACAUCAAGGUGGCCACAGGUUUUAUAGUUUAUGAUUGCCACACCUUUAACUGUAGACCUCCUGUACUGAAGGUUAUACCCAGCUGUAAACAUGUUUAUUUCUGCUGUAAAAUUGGGCAUUUUAACAUGUCUAUGGAGAUUGACUCACUUAUGGAGACAGCCUCUAGUGGCUGUUAGAGGAACUACAGUGUUUGACACUUCUUCCAUGUUGGCUUUAUUUUUCAGGCCCAGUUGAUGCAGCAUACUUAUUUCAGUCAGUGGAUGAACUGCUGUGGCUCCACGAAGGCCCAGGAUAAGAUGAAUUCAAAUUAUUUUGAACUGUGAAUCAUGCAAAGCUGCUUUAAUGAGGUCACAGAAUAAAAACAUGAAGCUGAAAGUGGGCAUAAUAGACACCCCCCCCCUCCCAAGUGAAUCUGGGUGGAAGUUUGCUAUUGAUUACAUUAUAAAAAUCGGCUGUGAAGCAGAGAUGAAACUGAAGGGAAAAGCCACCAUUAAGGAGAAAUCAUGACCAAUUUCUUGGCUUCAGUGAGAGAACAUGUUGUUCGUGUAUGUGUUAAGUGUGUGAUUAGUCUAUUAGAAACAGUAAUGAUGAAAAUCCACUCUUUUUUUUUUUUUAAAUCGUGUAAAGCAUCUGUUCAAAGUGGUUUUAGUGUCUUUUUUUUUGUCAUUGUUUUGUGGAGCGUGGUAAUUUUCUGUCUGAGUUGUGAAUGUGGAGCACAUUUGUGUUUAUUUAUCCUGUUGAGUGCACUUUGUCAAAGGCUGUCCUACCUAUUCUGCUAAAGCCCCCCCCCCCCUUUUUUUUUUGAUUGCAGGAGUUAUGUAAAUCUGUGAAAUACAGGCCAAGAACUAAUAACAGCCAUAUGCAGACUGUCUAGUUGAAGAGAUGGAAAAAACCUUGAUGCUCUAUUUUUUUUUUAACUAGUUCCUUAUUUAUAUCUGUGUACUUAAGCAGUCUCAGCACAUCUUAACUCAUGCCUGCAGUCCUUUAAACAGAGGGCUCUUUGGUUUAGUAGUUCGACCUGAUCACUUUAGUUAUAUAGGAACAUCCCUAAUUUAUUAUUUGUACAACCUAUUUAUACAGUGUGUUUAUAUAAUGAGUGAUCAGUUAGGAGACAGAGUGACUCGAUAUUGUGAUACAGUCGAAGCACUUUUUGCUUCUGACAGCAGAUUUAAUUAAAAGGUCUCCAGUUGAAAUGUGAUGGCAUUUAAAUGUUUGCUUAACUGUACAGUAUGUGUGCUUUUUAUAUGGAAGUGAACUAAAACCUUCAAUUCUAAAUUGUUUGAGUUUUCUUUUUUGAAAAGAUUUUAUUUUCUAAAAGGUGGACGCUUUCUUGGCUGGAAGCGGUUUGAUAUCAAAGAUCAGCACACAGUAAAUCAACCUGACAAAAGGGUAACCUAUGAGGACUCCAAACAGAAAGAUAACGAUGUUUAAUCUAAUGAGUUUAUCAUGCUUCCUCGCUCU